AUGGUCGCCUCAUCUCUCUUGGGCCCACUGGGAAUCGUGCUCGCAACCGCCCUUCCCGCUCUUGCGUUUGACCGAAUCAGCAUCGCAUCAACCGUCAAAGCCGACACUGAGGUUGAGGUCAAGAUCCGAAACGACCUCGACGACGGAGCCAAGUCAUUCGAUGGCGGAUUCACCAACUUUAACGUCUAUCUUGCGACCACUCCACCGGGUUGGGGUACCGGCCCUGUCUGUCUGCUCGCCAAUGGCACCAAGAUCGACACCACCUCCGUGAAGGUCACCAUCCCUGCCGAUGUUGCGCCCAGCGAUGCCAAACUCAAGAUCACCACUAUGGAGUGGAACUCGGACCCCAACAAGGACGGCCCAUCUGGCUUCCAGUACAGCAACACCUUUUCUCUGCAGGGAGGCACCGGCGCGUGGGGCAAGUCUGAGCUGGCCGGUCGUGGGUUUGGCGACAUGGACACCGUCCCGUGCUCUGCGUACUCGUGUAUCCGAAAGUGCAAUGACGAUAGCUUCGACGAGAUGACAAAGCUGGGCAAUUCCGAGGACAUCGAAGCCUACAAGGCUGUCUACAAGCCCAUCUAUGAGUGCAUGACCAAGUGCCCAGGUACCACCAUGCCUUCGUGGGAUACACUUAUCAAGGCGUCCGACGAGGACACCGAGUCAUCAAGCUCCACUGCCAGUUCCUCCAAGACCGCUUCGUCGUCCUCCACCUCCACUGGAACCGCAACUGCAACCGCGACCGAUUCGUCUGACACCGCUUCCACCACCCUGUCGACUGCCGUGACCACCCCGACUGGGUCUUCCACGCAGGGUGCAACCUCACCCACGACUACAGACAGUGGUGCCACCCGGGUGUUUGGCACGGCCUCAAGCUUGGUUUUAGCCGCCGUGGUUGCUGCCUGCCACUUCCUUUGA